AGAUCACGUUCAGAGAAGAAGAAAUCGUUCCGGUCAACGUUCCAACAAUCUUCUCGGCUUGCAACAGACCCAGGUUGACAGCGCUAUCAUCCAUCACUGUGACACAAAUUUUGCUGUUUCACGGGCAUGACGUCCUGGCAACCGGCAGAGAAAGUAGAGUACGGAAUAUCCCGUACCAGUCGCGUUCUUCUGGCGUGCACCUUUUUCCUCUUCGUGCUGGGGGGCGUCCUAUCCGUCGUGGGCGUGGCUGAGAUGGAACCCAUCAAAAUCUACGGAGGACUCAUCGUCACCGUCAUCGCCCUCGGCAUGUACACUCUCAUCGUUAUGUACACCAGGGUCUACGGUCCACCCUCAGGGUUCCAACUCAAAGGUCUAGAAACCUUGGCCAAAGUGAAACCCGCCACCUUCAAACCAGCACCCGAAUCCCAGUGCCUCUUGAUCCUGGCGUUCGGUCUCUUUACGUCUGGAUGCAUAUGCGUCAUCAUGGGAUUCAAAUUAGCCGUUAUUUACAUGUGGAUACCCGGAUACUGCCUGUCCGUCGUCGGCUUUCUCGUCUACACCGCCGCAGUCGUGUACGGCCCGCUGACCAUCAAGCCCGGCGCUCUCGUGGUCGCGUUUCCCGACGACAACCUUCCCAUUCCCGGAAACGCGAGCGUUGAGACGCCGCCGGAAAUGCGGAAACGACGGGAAGGACGCAAGGAGUCCUUGUACGAGACCUCCUUUAUAGGAGACUCUAGGAAGAGCAGUAGGAGGAGCAGUAUGAUGACUUCCAUGUUUGAGACCGAAACGUCGGUUUCGCCACCUCGCAAGAAAUCCGACAAGAAGAGGAGUGUCGUGCCGGAUGUUGUUGUCAGGCGGCCGAGUGAAGCGGUUAGAGGUCCGAUGAAGCCACAUGGUGUUCCACGGCCGACAGUGAAGCCGCUGCUCAAGAAGCCGCCACCGAAACCACAAGCAAAGAAAUUCUUGGGGCUAUUUUGAACGGACGUUGCUUAUGUUUAGAUAAAUAUAACAGGAUUAUUAUAUAAUUGUGCGCAA